ACAUUAACCAGUAGUAGAAGGCUCGUUUGGUGACUGGAGUGACGUUAUGCUAGCUAAUUGCUAACUAUCUGGAUUUCAGGAAAACAGACUAAAAAGAUGACAUCAUUUUGGGGAUGCUAAUCAUCCGCGAGGUGCAGUAACCUAUGUUUCGUGUAAUUACCUGCCGGCCCGUCAUAAAGUUGACUGCAGGCGUGAAUUUGUCGGAUGAUUCUCCUGAAUUAGUAGCUGAAGGGCCCUUAGUCCACGGUGCUUGGGUGAACGACAACCCGGGGAUCACCGCCUUUUGAGCGAGGGAGCAUUGAGGUUUUAGUUAUUAUCAGCGACAUACUGCACUAAAGCCUCUUCUGAACAUGUCACACACCGGACCCCCUCCUCGAUGGCGGAAUUGUCCCAGAAGAGGACAACCUGUGGCAGGUAAAUUCCUGCCGAUGAAAACGAUGUUGGGUCCCAGAUAUGACGACCAGGUUCUAGAGGAGAACAGGUUUCACCCGAGCAUGCUGUUCAACUAUUUAAAAAGUCUGAAAGUGAAAAUGGGUUUGCUGGUGGAUUUGACGAACACGACGCGUUUUUAUGACCGCAACGACAUUGAAAAAGACGGCAUAACAUAUGUGAAGGUUCCGUGUAAAGGCCACGGAGAAUGCCCUUCAAUAGAGACGACGGGAAUGUUCAUCAGGCUCUGUGAAAACUUCAUCGAGAAGAAUCCUGAAGAAUUAAUAGGAGUUCACUGCACGCAUGGCUUCAACCGGACAGGCUUUCUGAUGUGUGCCUACCUGGUGGAGAAGAUGGACUGGAGCGUCGAGGCAGCUGUGGCUGCCUUCUCCCAGGCCCGGGCCCCGGGGAUCUACAAGGGAGAGUACCUCAAAGAGCUCUUCCGACGCUAUGGAGACGAGGAGGACGCGCCCCCUGCCCCCCAUCUCCCCGAGUGGUGCUUCGACGACGACGAUUCCGGGGAAGUGGACGACGACGGUAACUCCGUUGGCCAGGAGUCGGGCCCCAGCUCCUCCGGGUCGGUGCCUGGCAAACGAAAGAAGGAGAAGCUAAAGCUGGGUGCAGUAUUCCUGGAAGGCAUCACAGUGAAAGGCGUCACACAGGUCAUCACACAACCCAAACUAGGAGAGGUCCAAAGAAUGUGUCAGGGGAUGGCCGAGUGGGACAGGUCUGGUUUUCCUGGUGCUCAGCCUGUGUCCAUGGACAGACAAAACCUUCGUUUCCUGGAACAGAAUCCAUACAAAGUCAGCUGGAAAGCCGAUGGCACACGGUACAUGAUGUUGAUCAACGGGAAAAAUGAAGUAUUCAUGAUCGACAGAGACAACACCGUCUUCCACAUGGCGAACCUAGAGUUUCCCUUCCGGAAGGACCCACGCGUCCACCUAUCAAGUACUCUACUGGAUGGGGAGAUGAUCAUCGACAAGGUGAACGGUCAGCCCGUCCCCCGCUAUUUGAUAUACGACAUCAUCAAAUUCAAUGGACAGCCUGUCGGACAGUGUGAUUUCAAUAUCCGGCUGUUAUGCAUAGAAAAGGAGAUAAUUUCACCCCGGAUGGAAAAGAUGAAGAUUGGACAGAUUGACAAAACCAAGGAGCCCUUCAGUGUCCGAAAUAAACCUUUCUUUGACAUUCAUGCAGCACGGAAGCUCCUGGAAGGCAGCUUCACGUCCCAGGUCAGCCACGAAGUCGACGGACUUGUCUUCCAGCCAUGCGGGAGAUACAAGGCCGGGAGGUGUGAUGAGAUCCUCAAGUGGAAGCCGCCCAAUCUCAACUCUGUGGACUUUCGCCUGAAGAUCACCAAAGUCGGAGGAGAAGGGCUACUCCCACAGACUGUCGGCUUGCUCUACGUCGGCAGCUAUGACAUGCCCUUUGCAAAGAUGAAGGCCACAAAGGAGCUGAAGCAGUACGACAACAAGAUCAUCGAGUGCACCUUCGCCAAUAACACCUGGGUGUUCAUGAGGCAACGGGUGGACAAGAGCUUCCCAAACGCCUACGCGACAGCAAUGGCUGUGUGUAAAAGCAUCCAGGAGCCCGUCACGAAGGAAAUCCUCUUGGAGUACGUGGACCGCUGUUCUCAAGGAGUCCAAGCACAGAACCGGAAACACCCACCAGACCCAGACGCCGAGCUAAUGCCCCCUCCUCCUCCAAAGAGACCCAACCGGGCCGUCCCGUAGCCCACCGCUGGGCUUUCCGGACUGCUCUACAGUCACAGUGUGCAUCUACAUCACCAGCCACGUUGACACCCCCCCCCCCCCCCAACAGAAAACAGACAUGUCAAGGCUUUCUUACCCUCAGCACAUUUGCUUUCUCGGCCUGCACAUGCAAGGACUUCAGAAACCUUUGAUUGACUGCCUCAACGUCAUUAAUUUACCUUGUAGACUUGUUUGUAGCUUUAAUUGCUGGUGUUCUUAUUAAAAUGAAAAACAUGACGCUUAGUUUAUUUAUUUAUUUUUAAAGUCCGAGCUGUUUAUCUACAGGGACAUUAUUUGUAUUGAAGGAAGAGUAAACAUCAUUAACACCCUGUCUGCUGUUUGAAUGCAUUGAAAUCGGGGAAACAAUCCUUCAAAUGAUAGUUUGCAGCAUCAGAGGAUCUCAUUAAGACAAAGCUGCAUGUGUUUUGACUUCAAUUAACAGAAAAAUGUUCAGCCCGUAAUGCUAAGUCGGGGGUUUCCAACUGUUUUCAUAUCUAAGCAGCUCUGUGUUUCAUAAGAUUGUGUCCGAUGGAAGCCCAUCUGUGUGGACUUUUUGUUUUAAAGGCCACGCGGGUGGGCGGAUAGAUGAUUACAUAGUCUCAACAAACUAACUACAAAGGAUUAGAUACUGUGAAAUCAAGCUACAGAUGGGUGACAAAUACACAUUAACCCAACAUAAAGUUUCUUUAUAAGGUGAAUACUUUUAGUGUUCUUUGAGUCAAUUGUUGUUUUGAAGAUAGUGAUGGAGAGCGCUAUCGAAAAAGUGUGUAAUUUGGUGUAAAUUUGGGUUGAGAUCUGGUGUGGAAGUUUUAUUUAAGCACUGAUUGAACCUUUCACUGCUUUUCAUGGAUGUAGCGAGACAGCUGGCCACGUAGGAAGGUGAUGCCCCCGUCCCCGUCCCCCGUCUUUAACAAGGCUACAGGACCCGGUCCUGAGCUACACUACAGGAGCUGCAAUGUAGGAAGGUUACUGCAGACAGCGCUUGAAAUGAAAGGGAUGAUGUGUCCGCUCUGGAGCUCUUUGGUUGUGCCCGACGAACCUUUUUGGUUGGAAAGCGAGCCUGAAGUGCGGACCAGAUUUAACUGCGCAUGUGUUGUACCCCGAUGAUAUGAUGGCAUCUCCUCUUUUAAUGCUCCUUGAUUCCUAAUCUCCCUUCCGAAGCUCUGAUUGGCCGUCUUGUAGACCUCUGACCCCUGUGAAUGAAGAUGAUUUCCCGAUCAGAUUUUUAAGCACGCUCCUCAUCGCUCCUUCAUUUUUAUAUCAUAGGAAAACCUUGUUGCCAGGGAACAAUUCAAUUUAUUUUUCUUACCCUGCUGCCUGUUGCUAGGAGUGUCGCCCAUCUGCACUGUUUAUCGCCCGCUGUAGUGUUUGUAGAAAUGAUUUGCUCGGCAGAUCUCACAUGCCGACUGGUUUAUUGACUUGCUUUGGUUUGGUUUAGCCUGUGUAAUCAGAG